AUGCUCGAAGCUAAACUCGCAGAAGCCGGCACCCUCAAAAAGCUGCUCGACGCCAUCAAAGAGCUCGUCACCGACGCCAACUUUGAAUGCAACGAGGAAGGCAUCGUGCUGCAAGCAAUGGACAACUCGCACGUCGCCCUCGUCUCCGUCAAAUUCGGCGCGCCCGGGUUCAAGCGCUACAGAUGCGACAGGCCGAUGCCGCUCGGCGUCAACCUCGCGAGCCUCACCAAGGUCCUCAAGUGUGCCAAGGACGACGAUAUUUGCACGCUUAAAGCGGCGGAUGAGGCGGAUGUGUUGAAUUUGGUGUAUGAAGCCAAGAAGCCAGAGCCCGAGCCCUGUGCCACUCCGCGUCUUAUCCGACGACGCAUUUCGGGUUGA